UGCCAGACGACCGAGCACAGGAGACCACCCUCGCUCCCUCCACCGUGAUGGCGGGUCGGAGCUUGCCUGCGGCUGGUAGCUCAUCGGGUCGCCAUCGGGGCUGUCGGCAUCUUUGGGAAAGGUCAGCCCAGCCACAUGCCAGUGGCCGCACUUUCCCGGGCCCAUCAGACCCAAGGAACUCCCUGGCGCAAGCCUGGAAACAAUCUCCCUGCAGCAAAACUUUGCAUUUGCUUGGGUAAAGCACGGGGGCUGGAGAGCGACUGCAGGGGAAAAUCUGAUCUGCAGAUAAGGAUUGGUCUGCCAGCUCUUCUUGCCUAAACCAGAAGAAAACCCGCCUCAAAGUCCCCGAAAUGUCAGAUAUGCAGCAAGGGCAGGAGCAUCAUUUUGGAGGCAGAGAGACCACUGAGGCAAAUAGGCUUUCCCAAAAAUAUGAGGCAAGAAAGAAGAAACGCUCCUCAAAUACACGCAAAACCUUUCGGACACGUGCUGCUGGGCAGGAGGGUGCAGAACGCUUCAGGAAACACCCACCAGCAGGUCCUCCAGCAUCACACUGGUGCUGCCCCGGCACCAGCAGAGCGGGAAGCUCCCCAUCCUGUCCCGUGAGCCUGCAGAGGAGCCGGCAGCGUGGGUCAGCAGCCCUUGCCGGGCACUCCAGAGGCAGUUUCAGGGCUGCGAACACACAGGGCGGAUGGGACCCUCAGGGAUCCCCCCAGCACUGGGGACGGAGCAUCUUCUGCCCUCUGCGCCUGGGUCCCAACCCUUUCCAGCCUGCUGGUGUACCCUACAGGCUUCUAACUCACGCCUGCUUGCUCGGCUGCAGCGGUGCAGCCCCCAGGCUCCCCCAGCCCUGGCCUUGCAGCACCCUUCCCCGGGGUGCCGCAGCCCCGCAGCCCCUUGCCGAGCCAACCCGCCUCCCCCUGCAGCCCUGUCCUGCCACCAGCAGCGUGCGGGGGCAAAAGCCAGCGACUGGUGUGGCCUCUGCAGGGGGGACAUCCCCCCAGGCUGGGGUCUCACGGGAUGCUCUUGGGAGCUCCUCUCCUCCCGCCGCCACCUCUGCCCUCUCCUGUCCUGCCCUGGGCCAUGGUCCUUGCGUGCACAGGGCGGGCGAGGAGUGUCUUCCCCUUGGGCGGCCGUUUCUGGGAAGCGGUCGGUGUGUGACAGAGGAAGGAGCCGCGGUGGCUGCAGGCAGGGAGUGCUCCUCGUACCCACCCUCCGGCUCCUUCCUGCCUCGCGAAGCUCCGCUUUCCUGCAGCCGGCUCCAAGCUCUUCUUGGCCCCUGCCUCCCGCCCGCGGGGCCUAAAAAUAACUGCCCUGCGCAGGUCUGGGGAAGAGCUUCUGGGCUGGGGUUGCAGCCCUGGGGGAAAAAUGAAAUACCAAAGAGACGGUCAGUGCCCUGGACAAACUGAGCCAUGGCGUGCUGGGGCUGGGAGCUGCCAGGCUUUUCUGCUCCAGCCUUUGAGGGCAAGAGGUACCUUCCCACCCAGGGAUGGAGUGGCCCCAGGGCUUUGGAGAUGCUGGUCC